UCAGAUGCUCUGUCCUCCUGUCUGCAUCGAGUUAAUAAGAUGCUCUGUCCUGUAAGAUGUUCUGUCCUGUCUACAUCGAGUUCAUGAGAUGCUCUACUCUUCUGCAUCAAGUUCAUAAGAUGCUCUUUCCUGUCUGCAUCGAGUUAAUGAGAUGCCCUACUCUUCUGCAUUGAGUUCAUAAAGUGGUACGUAUUAUUCAUAUGAUACUAUCUUGCUCCAAUGUGUUUGCUGUCUGCAAAUUUGUCUCUGUUCCAAUUCUCUUGUGUUCAGUCCCCCCCCCCCCCCCCCCCCCAGAUGCAGGUGUCAAAAUGGUUCCUCUCUAUCCUGGGCUUCAUCAUCAAUAUCGACACGUUGAUGUCAAUGGUUCCUGUGCUGCUUGAAGGACAGCGAUAUGUCCUGACCUACAGGUUCAGCCAGGACCACUUGGAGCUUCUCUUUAACUCCAUCAGAGCAUCCGGUGGCUGGAAUAACAACCCUAAUGCCAGCCAGUUCAAGUACAUCUUCCGAAAGCUGAUGGCCCGGUGUGGGGUUGUUAAACCAAGCAGCAAAGGCAAUGUGACUGCACAGGAUGACACAGAGUCCCUACCAGCUGUAGCAAUGUCCUCUGCUGCCCAGUCCUACCACAUCGACACAUCUACAAACCUGUCAGCUGUAGAUAUGUCCUCUGCAGAACAAAGAGAAGAUCUUCCAUCCCCGUUUGCUGACAUUCCUGCCCUUGUACAUGACCACAGCUACCUUCCCACCCGCUUCGAUGGUCUUGUGGACAACGCUCUCGUGUACAUUUCAGGAUUUGUUGUGCGACGGACGGUGAAGAAGCUGUCCUGUGAUGUCUGCCGUGCCAGCCUGGUGACGGACGCUGCAUCUGCCAGUAAGGACAAGAGCUACCACCUGCUGACUCUAAGAAACAAUGGAGGCCUGGUGAUUCCGUCUGAAGGCACGGUGAGGGUCGUCAGGGCAGCAGAGUGGGUCAUUCGCCAGGCAUCAGCAGAUUCCAGACGAUCACAGCCCAUCAAACUGCUAGAGGUCCUCUACAUUGUGCGGAAGAGGAUAGGUUCAGAGGAUGUGUUUUUGCUCGGGGAGCACAUCGGCGACACACAGUAUGGCAUUGACAGUCACCACCAUACGCUGGUAACAUUAGUUGUGUCCCUGUUUUUCAAGCUAAGGCUGCACCACAUUGCAAAAAUCAAUACUCUGAGCUUACAGAGUGGCAACAUGAGACAGAAGCUCACCAAAGCAGUCCUUUUCAAAGGGCAUUAGCUCCAACUGUGUGUGCACCGUGUGUCUUAUUGGUUUUGUGUUGUACUGUAUUGUAUUGUGUGCAGCUGGUCCUUGUCUCCAAGACAAAAUAAAAUAACCUUGAACCUUGAAGCCCCAUCUCUCC